GCAACCCUCGGCCAGCCUGUCAUUCGCUGAUUACUAUUGUGAACUGUGUGCGAUUUUUGGGGCAAUUUUUAGUAGCAUAAAUUCGUCGCAACUGCCUGGAAAAAAUGUUCUCGAGAGCCGCUCUUCUAACAGCCCAGCGCCCUUUGACCGUGGCCGCCACCCGGUCGGCUGCCGCUGCUGCCGCUCAGCCAGCAGCCGUGGAGCGCCGCCAGCGCCCCGAGCAUCCCGGCAAGGUGCGUUUGGGCUUCCUGCCCGAGGAGUGGUUCCAGUUCUUCUACAACAAGACUGGUGUCACCGGACCCUACACCUUUGGUGUCGGUCUGAUCACCUACCUCUGCUCCAAGGAGAUCUAUGUCAUGGAGCACGAGUACUACAGCGGUCUGUCCCUUGGCAUCAUGGCCAUCAUUGCUGUGAAGAAGCUCGGCCCGGUCAUCUCCAAGUGGGCUGAUGGCGAGAUCGAUAAAAUCGAGUCCGAAUGGAAGGAGGGACGUGAGGGUGAGCUGAAGGUCCUCUCCGAUGCCAUCGAGGCCGAGAAGAAGGAACAGUGGCGCGCCGAUGGCGCCCUGCUGCUGAUGGAGGCCAAGAAGGAGAACAUUGCCUUGCAGUUGGAGGCCGCUUUCCGUGAGCGCGCCAUGAAUGUCUACUCGGAGGUGAAGCGUCGUCUGGACUACCAGGUGGAGUGCCGUCACGUUGAGCGUCGCCUCAACCAGAAGCACAUGGUCAACUGGAUCACCUCGAAUGUGCUGGCCAGCAUCUCGCCCCAGCAGGAGAAGGAGACCCUUAACAAGUGCAUCGCCGAUCUGAGUGCUCUGGCCCUGCGCGUCAAGUCCGCUUAAACCGACUCGAGUUUUAGUUGAUAAUAUUGUAAAUUAAAACCCCAUUCGAGACGCAGGAAAAAUGAUUAUAACGCCCGCAAGAUGAUAAAUCGAUCCAAUAUAUCUUCAAAGUAUCUGUGUCAGAAAA